AGUCUAUUCAGCCAGUGUAUUCAAUAAUACAUGAGGAAAUGGCGUCAUGGUGAUACUCUACACUCUGAGUCCUCAGCUACACAGGCCAAAUGCAGACACCGGUGAGCUGGAAACUCUCCUGAAUAAUUAAAUGUGAGUUCUGUAGUUUGGAGCAGUUUAUCUCGUCAGUCACACAUUCUGACGCAGUGUUGUGGAUGGCACAAGAAGCCGGGACUGGACUUGGUUUAUGGGACUAAAAAGACCACGAACCAUGAUUCUACACUUUCUCUUCAUCUUCUCAAUAGUGGCUCUCCCUCUCCAAGGCCUGGAGCUGUUCCCUGAGGAGGUGGAGUACAUUCGCUCUAAUCUCACAGUGGCUGUAGGAGGCACUGUCACUUUACCAUGUGGCUCUCCUCCUCCUCAAAUUUUCAUCUGGGGCUUCACCAAACCAGGCACUGACAACAACGUGGCAGUGGCCUUUAACUACGGACACGGAACCAAAGUGCAGUCCACGUCCAGCGACCUGGGACAGCUGAUCAUCCCCGAAGACACGUCCUCUCUGCAGAUUGAAGAUGUACAGGCUGAAGCACAGGGCAUGUUCACCUGUCAGGCUCUGUAUGAUGAAGAGCAGGGAGUCAGAGCCACCUUCUAUUUCACCAACCUCAGUGUAGUGGAUGAGUCCACAUAAUAGACUGAAAUGUUUUGCACGCCCAUAUAGUUCUAUAUUUAUGCAAAAAUGAUGUGUCUUUGUUCUUUGUUCUUUAAUUUUAUAUAGGAGUGAAACAAAUCUAUGAAAUA